AUGGUUGUCACCAGCAGCGGACUUUACAACGCUGCCCAGUACAAACCUGCUAUGCAGAGUUCUCUCUACAAAAACUACUACGCGUAUAAAGCCAACGACGGCAACACGGAUAGCAACGCGUAUCAUGGAUCGUGUCAGCACACAGACCUGGGAUACGUCCCGUGGUGGAUGGUGGAUCUACUUGGUCAAUUUGUUAUAGAGAUGGUUCGGCUAACAAACAGACAAGACAUGUCUCCACAACGACUCAGAAACUUUGAUAUCGACAUCUUUCAACAAGAUCCUAGACGCAUCCCCAAAUUUCCCAACAUAAAAGGUCAAGUGUGUUACAACCAAACAGAUCCACUGGAUGGAGGAACAUUCAACUUUACCUGCAACGGCUCAAUUGUUGGUAGAUAUGUUAGACUGGUGAUGAGGUACGUUGAAACAUACAGGUGA